AUGGAAAGACUGAGAGGCCGGGUGCUGUUUCUGUUGGGUUUGGGGCUGAUCGCAUCGACUGCCCAUGCAGGAACUGGAGAUCAUCGUUACAAAUCGAGUGAACACGUUGAGUUGUGGGUUAACAAGGUGGGACCCUACGCCAAUCCACAAGAAGCCUAUGAAUACUACACUCUGCCGUACUGCGCCCCCGACACCAAGCAUCACCCAGACGAAAAAGACAAAGGAGCAGACAAGGGCCGAUUCAAUGAAUGGAAAAUUCAAAACAUUGGAGAGUACCUGGGAGGACAUGCUUUGAGGCAUUCGGGCCAUGACAUUACCUUUGAUGUUGGAUCCCCAAAGACAGAAUCGUGCAAGACCAAACCGUUGACUGAUGAGGAAACCAGCAAGUUCCAAAAAGCUGUACGUGACCGUUGGUUUUAUCAAAUGUACCUUGAUGAUUUGCCAGUGUGGGGAAUGGUUGGAGAAGUCCUUCCAGCAUCCAAAUCGGCAGAUGGUAAGGAAACCGAUUUUGCGUUUUCGGAAAAAGACGACCGUGAUCGUUUGGAUCAACUCUUGGCACAGGCUAGUGACCUCUCCGAGCAAUCAGACUGGAAAGAAUACAUCUACACAAAGAGAAACUUAUUGAUCAGCUACAACAAAGACCAAAUUGUCAAGGUGGACUUGACCAGUGACCCAAAGUCACUGCAGCUCUUGAAACCAGGCAUCACCAUCGAAUUUGUGUUGGAAGUGACUUUUGAGGCUACCGAGGAAGAAUUCCACUCAAGAUUUGAUCGUUACUUGGAUCAUGACUUUUUCAAACAUCCAAUCCAUUGGUUUUCGGUCUUCAACAGUUUUAUGAUGGUCUUGUUCUUGAUUGGUUUAGUGGCCUUGAUUCUCCUCAGGACACUCAAGAAGGACUAUGCACGAUAUGGUAUAGUGUAUGAUUUGGAAGAUGCCGGAGACGAGGAGGUGGACGAGGAUGGAAAACCUCUGGUGGCCGGUGAAAAAGUGGAAGAUGCUGGCUGGAAACAAGUCCAUGGAGAUGUGUUCCGAGCACCACAGUUUCUACCUCUUUUUGCGUCUUUGGUUGGAUCUGGAUGGCAACUGAUUGUGCUCACUCUUGGUGUCAUUUUGUUUGCCGUUAUGGGGCCCCUUCACGGAGAGGUGCACGAAGAACGAGGUGAAGUCUUCCAUGCUAUCAUUGUCUGCUACAGUCUCAGUUCCAUUGUAGCUGGCUACACUUCUGGAAGUUUCUUCAAGAUGUACUACCCCACCACAGCUGCAGCACGACGAAAUACUUCGGCGAAGGGUGGGACCUCACAAUGGCAGAUCACCAUGGGCGUGACAAUCUUGCUGACCCCAACCGUCACUGCAGGAAUCCUGUCAUUUGUCAAUGCUGUAUCCCUCUUCUAUGGCACCAUCAACACAAUUCCUUUCUUGGUUAUCUUGAAGUUGUUCUUCAUCUGGGUCUUCAUCUCUGUCCCACUUUGUGUCGUGGGAACUCUGAUGGGUCGUCAUGCUCGUGUUGGGGCUGGAGGUGGCAAAGGAGGUGCCGCUGAACACUUCCCCUGCCGUGUCAAUGCCAUUCCAAGACCCAUUCCCGAGGAAGUGCCAUGGUACGGACGUCCCCAAGGUCUCAUCCCUCUUGCUGGACUGCUCAGCUUUGGAUCCAUCUUCAUUGAACUCUACUACGUUUUGACAUCAUUGUGGAACUACAAAUUCUACCAUGUCUACGGAUUCUUGUUGGGAGUGUAUUCUAUUCUGACCAUUGUUGUAGGAAUGACAUCCAUCAUUGUGGUGUAUUUUUGCCUCAAUGCUGAAAAUUACCUCUGGCAAUGGACGGCAUUUGGAAGUGGAGCCAGUACUGCUGGUUACGUCUUUCUUUAUGGAAUCUACUAUUUCCUUUUCAAGACCCAAAUGAAUGGGUUCUUGCAGACAACAUUCUACUUCGGAUACAUGAGUCUCAUUGCCAUCCAUCUGGGCAUGCUUUGCGGGACUCUUGGCCAUUGGGCGGCCAGUAGAUUUGUACGAGCCAUCUUUCAGAAUGUGAAAGUGGAUUGA